AUGAAUGGCAACGACACUAGGCAACCUACAAACGACAUCGAAGGAGCACUUGGAAAGUGGCAGGUGAAGGUUUUGCAGUUUUAUGCCGUUGUAAUGCUGCCUAUAAGACGCAGCCUUUUUGCUUUGGUAUCAGAGCUUGAGUGUGAUCCUUUCCUCCAUUCCUUUCACUUCUCUCUCAUUCUAUGGCCGAUCAAACAAUCUAGAGAUCUUUGGGAUCUGGUGGAACAAGGAGUCAACAAUGCUGAACCUGAUGCGAAGAAACUCAAGAAUGUUAAGAAAAGAGAUGCUCAUGCCAUGGCCAUUAUCCAACAGGCCGUUCAUGAUCAUCUAUUUUCUCGAAUUGCAGCUGCUGAAUUAUCCAAGGAGAGUUGGGAUAUACUGAAGAUGGAGUAUCAAGGAGAUACCCAAGUGAAAGCUAUAAAAUUGCAAGGAUUAAGAAGAGAGUUUGAGAAUCUCUCUAUGAAAGACAAUGAAACAGUUGGAGAAUACUUCUCUAGAGUCAUGGGGAAUGUGAGCCAGAAGAGAGCAUAUGGGGAGAUCAUUUCUGAUCAAACCAUAGUUGAGAAGAUACUUCGAAGUUUAUCUCCGAAGUUUGAUCACAUUGUUCCAUCUAUUGAAGAAUCCUUUGAUCUGUCCAAACUCACUCCUGUGAGGCUGAUGGGUUCUUUGCAAUCACAAAAAGAAAGAAUAAAUAACAGAUCUCAUGAGAAAAUAGAAAAGUUUGAAGAACAUGCCCUGCAGGUUAUGCAAGAAGGAAAUCGGUCAUCAAAUGCACGUGGCAGAGGACGUGGAGGUUACAGAGGCCUGCAGUUUGAUUAA